UCGCAGGAGAAGCAGUUUGACUGCUGGCCUGGCUUUGUUGGUUUCCAACACCAAGGCUCGGAGACGCAACGGGCUCUGCCUCUCUCGUCGUCAACUAAGAGAGCCUCCGUCGUAUCGUCGUCAAUGGAGGCCACAGCAGAUAACAGUCACCCGUCAACCGCCCUCCCCACAUUAACUCCCACCCGCCUCACAGCUCUCUCUCUCUCUCUUUGCGUAACGAUCGACUUCUCGUGCUUUCCCUAUAUAAUUCAUCAGUUUUUAUUACAAGAUUUCAUCCCCCAAAUCCCUGGCGCCCGAAUCCACCAAUCAAUCUAUCCAUCUCAAUGGCCUCCUCCUCCGCCGCCGGUAACGGCACCGGCGGCAUCCUCCCCACGCACACCGCCGCCCCCGCCUGGCCUUCAACUUCCAAGCCCCCGCCCACCAAGGACCCUCGCCGCCGGCGCUGCCUCUGCGUGUGCCUCCUCGUCACCCUGGCCGUCCUGCUCGCGCUCGCCAUCACCCUGCUCGUCCUCUUCCUCACCGUCCUCAAGGUCCGCGACCCCACCACGCGCCUCGUCUCGACGCGCCUGGCGGGCGUCGCCCCGCGCCUCACCUUCCCGGCCGUCUCCCUCCAGCUCAACGUCACGCUGCUGCUCACCGUGGCCGUGCACAACCCGAACCCGGCCUCCUUCGCCUACGACGCCGGGGGCCACACCGACCUCACCUACCGCGGCGCGCACGUCGGCGACGCGGCCAUCGACCCGGGCCGCAUCCCCAGCAAGGGCGACGGCGAGGUCAAGCUGGCGCUCACGGUGCAGGCGGACCGGCUCGCGGCCGACCUGGCGCAGCUGGUGGCGGACGUGGAGAGCGGGUCGGUGGCCAUGCAGGCCAGCACCAGGAUCCCCGGCAGGGUCACCAUCCUGGGCAUCUUCAAGCGCCACGCCGUCGCCUACUCCGACUGCAGCUUCGUCUUCGGCGUCGCGGAGAUGGCGGUGCGCAGCCAGCAGUGCCAUGAUCGCACAAAGCUCUGAUGAUUGAUGAAUCUGAAUUGAUGAUCCAUCAUCCAUCCAAGGAAGCAUCUGGUUGCCUCGUGCUUGCCCGUCGCCGUCGGCACCGCCCACACGCACCCACAUGCCCUCUCAUGGCGUCGGCAUUCUUCGCCUCAUCCCACGUUGCAGUAGAGCACGAGACUGUAUUAUUACUAGACUACUACUACUUUGUAACAGAGACAACAGAGAUUGAUUAGGCCCUCUAGUUUUUAGUGGGUUAUUAUUACUGCUGUAUGUAUGAUUCUGGGUUUGAUCAAUGCCCGCUUGUGUACAUAAACACAAUAGGUUGAAUGGAUGGAUGUGCAGGUGCUUGCCUUUUUUGUCUA